GACACUUGGUCUGUGGGCUACAGAAAAGGAAUGCGAAUGAUUAGCCGAAUACCACUUUUAUCUCUUGUUGUCGCCACAUUUUCAGGGAUUGACUAUGUUGGGGCCGACUGUCCAAACAACUGGAGAGGAUAUUCAGGAAAUUGUUAUCUCUUCCUCACUCACCUUCCAAUGAACUGGCAAAGUGCGUGGGACUACUGUGCGCACAUGGGUGCAAAGUUAGUAGAAAUUGAAACUUUUGCUGAGGACAAUUUUAUCAAACAAAACGCAAAGGAUUUUCAUUUUCAUGACUGUUUUUGGUUGGGUGGAUCUGAUGCAGUGCUCCCAGGUGUUUGGAUUUGGGCCACAUCACGUUCACACUUGCUAUAUACCAACUGGGGACCAGGAGAGCCAAAUCACAUUCAUUCCGAUAAUGAACACUGUCUGAAUCUGUAUUAUUUCACCGGAUAUAAUACGUACUUCUGGAAUGAUGAUGUCUGUGACUAUCAUUGCCAUCCUAUCUGUGAACAACCGAGUAUCCCUGGGGGUUCAAUAUUUGGAAGAAGAUAGAGGAUGCGUAUUAUACGAUGCACUUUCCCAGAAGUUAUGAAUU